GGCAACACCAUGACAACACUACACCCUUACUAACAAUCCACGUGCGUCUGACUCUGCAGCUGCAGCGGCGCCGCCAUGUCAGUUCCGGCCGCGCGCCGGCGUUGUGAAGGUGCUCCGUGGUUUUAAAUAUUUGAACGGUGAUUGUGUGGGUGGUUAGCGUAGCUGACGGUGGAGGAUACUCGGAAAUAACAAGACAGUCUGCAUCCCGGUAUUUGGCCAAGGCUCUCCGAGACCAGCCGGAGGGUACUUAUAGAGAACUCUGAUAGAGCAUGGUGGCAGUAUACAUCGGACUGCGGAGGGGAUACACCAACUGAGAAACAUGAAGCCGUUCCUGUUGCUGGUCGUGUUGCUAGUCGUCGCUUGUCUCUUCACUGUCGUCUCUGCCGGCACCAGAGCGCUGCACGUCCGACCGAGGGACAACGCCGAGCGCUACAAAACCCACAGCUUCGCCUACGGCGUGAGCCACGGCGCCACCCACUUCCAACAGGAGCAGAGGGGCAACGAGGAGGGUGACCAGGAGGGCACCUACCGCGUGGCGCUGCCGGACGGACGCGUGCAGACGGUGCGGUACCUGGCAGAUCACGAGGAUGGCUUCAAGGCCGAGGUGACGUUCGAGGGCGAGGCAAAGUACCCUCCCCCUUCCCACUACGGUGAACAGAUCAGUGACUCCGAUGGCGAGUCAGACUCUGAUGAUGACUCGGACUCGGACUCCGAUGAGUCGGGUGAUGACUCGGCUGAUAGCUCUGAUGAUGACUCUGAUGAUGACUCUGAGGACGACUCUGAGGACGAAGCUGGCGAAGCAGACCCUAAUGAAGUCAGUGGAUUUGCCGGUCGUCUUUCGAAAACACCCCGAUACGGCUACGUUCCUGUCUAUGCCUACCGUCCGAUCGGUAGCAAGCGAACCCCUGGCUAUUCGAGGAAGCAGAGCUAUGGAAACAAGUAGACAUUUUAGCCGGUUUUAUCAUUGUGUGCACGGUGUCUACUGCCAUCUUCACAGUAUCUGCGAGUUGUAUCGUCAGUGGUGUUUUGUGUCGCAUGGCUCAGGUGUGAUCGCUUAAUCUGUGUGUCACAGCAAUAUUUUAUUUUUUAUUAUUUAAAUGCAUUUGUAUGUCACAUUUACUGUCAAAUACACGAUUCUCAUAAAA